AUGUUUGCCGGAGGCUGUGGUGUUGGUGACGCAGAUUUCAUUGGAGCUGUAUCGUUGCUUUUCAUUAAGCACUAUUAUCAAAUUAGCUUCGAGCAACUGCUCCUGUUGGGUUGUUCCGCUGUAUUGGUGGUGAUCGAUAUUGCUUCUCAAGGUGAUAAAUGUAAGGUGCCCCCUCCUCCUCGCCGAAGCAAUGGUAUGCCAGUGGGAAAUAAUGCACCUACGACAACAGGGAGAGGUGGAGAAGAAGGCAAUCACAGCGCGAUAUUAACGGAAGAGUUGGCAAACCUGGGUGGGCCCAAAAAACUCUCCUAUGGAGAGUUGACGAUUGCGACCAAUUUUUUGGCAAGUGACCAGAAAUUGGGAGGAGGAGAUUCCGGGGUCGUGAAGAAGGGGUACAUAGGAACAGCUCGCACACCGGUUGCUGUGAAGAAAAUAACAUCUGGUGCACGCCAAGGGAAAACGGAGUAUGAAUCCGUGGUGAAAUCGUUGAGCCAACUUAGGCACAAAAAUGUGGUGCAACUUAUAGGCUAUUAUCACGAGGCGAAUAACUUAGUCCUAGUUUACAAAUUCAUGAGACAAGGUAGCUUGGAGCGUCAUCUGUUUAAAGACUGGCCCGUGUUGGGAUGGAUAACGAGGUACGACAUCGCUCUGGGAUUAGCGUCAGCUCUGCACUACCUGCAAAAACAAUGUUGUCAAUGCGUGAUCCAUAGGGAUAUCAAAUCCAGCAACGUCAUGCUCGAUGAAGAUUUCGUGGCCAAAUUGGGAGAUUUUGGCAUGGAACCGGGUGAAGAGCCGUCGACCAAAGAACGAGACCCACAAAACCUUGUAGAGUGGGUUUGGAAGCAAUAUGGGCCCAGGAAGUUGCUCCACGAGGUGGACAAGAGGCUCGGCAAGGAUUUCGCCAAGAAACAGGCCGAGGCCUUGAUGAUUGCGGAGCUGUGGUGUGUGCUCAUCCCAUUGACUCUCGCCUUUCGAUUGAAGCAGCAAUGGACAUUUUGA